AUGGCUGCUAUCGAUAUUAUUAAACGUGCUGGUAAUGAAGCACUUGAGGUGAAUCCUCCCGACCCUUCAAUUGAUAUUCACUUAACUAAUCAUGGGUCCGAUUGGUUAUGGGCUGCAUUUGCUGUGUUUGCAUUAUUUGCAAUCGCUCAUGCCGUCAUUUAUGGAUUCGUAAGCUCUAAAUCAAGUGCUUUGAAAAAAUCCUUGUUGGUGGUACCCUUAUUUACAAAUGCAGUUUUGGCUUAUACUUACUUUACUUAUGCUUCUAAUUUAGGUUAUGCUUCGACCAGAACUGAAUUCAAACAUGUCUCAACCGAUAGAGAUCUUUACCGUAGACAAAUAUUCUACGUUAAAUAUAUCGGUUACUUUUUGGCUUGGCCCUUUAACUUAUUUGCAAUCACAGUGGCUACAAGCACUUUGAGAGAUAGUUCAAUUAACUCUUCCACUCGUGAAAAUUUCACCCGUUUAGUUUCUUUGAUUUCAAACUUGGCUACUAAACUUUUGGCUACAGAAAUUUUUGUGCUUGGUUUACUUAUUGGUGGAUUAAUUCAUUCUACUUAUAAAUGGGGUUAUUUCACUUUUGCUGUCACUGCUCAAUUAUUUGCAAUCACCUUGAUUUCUUUCAAUCUUUCAAGAUCUUAUCGUGCCUUGUCUGCCAAUAAACUUGCAAACUUGUUGAUUGUUUUCCAAAUCAUCGUUUGGAUCUUAUAUCCAAUUGCCUGGGGUUUAAGUGAAGGUGGUAAUAAGAUUCAGCCAGAUUCUGAAGCGGUCUUCUAUGGUAUUUUGGAUUUAAUCACUUUCGCUUUUGUUCCAACCAUUUUAACUUGGUUGAAUGUCAAAGAUGUUGAUGAAGGUUUCUUCCAUAACUGGUUUAGAUCAGGCUCCCUUUCUGAAAAACAUAUUGGUGAAAGUCCAAGAGUUUCGGGUGACACCGCUUUCUCUCCUGCUCCAGCUGCAACCAAUGAACCUGUUGCUGAACCCGAAGCUACCGCUCCAACUAAUCAACAAACUGAACCAGUCUAA